AAAAAUCAUUACCCAAUCACAACAAAUUCCUUAAUUGUGGGUUAAAUGUAGCCCUUACUUCCUUAUGUUCGAAAGAGUUUUGUCGAGUAAUUUCAUAUAUUUCAACUUUCAAGCAUCAUUUAUCUUUGUUUUGUUUAAUAUGGGCAAUUCUCGUUAAUAUCACAAAAAUAAGUUUUGUUUCCAAAUUUAGCACAUACUCCACAAAGUUCCAAAGAUAGCGCUAUAUUUCAUGAUUAAACUUUCAAAAUUAAAUUCUAAACUUUACACACUAAACCCUACCUCUUAAAAAAUUUAUACCCUAAAUGUAAAAUAGUCGACUUUGACAUUAAACAAAAAUUCUAAAAAUUAGUGUUUUAUGGUAAUUUAUGGAGUGUGUGUUAUAAUUAUCUAAAAUACUUAGUUUACUGCUAUUUGAGGGUAUUUCUUUUUUUUGCAAAAGAAAAUAUUUAGAAAAAGAAUUAUUGAACCGAAAAAAGUUAAAUAAUUUAGUUAAACAAAAACUACAGCAACAAGAAAAAGGAAUAAAGCUUUUUUAGCAACAGUAGCAGGAUGAGCCAUUGAAACAUAAAUGGCAUACUCAAAUUAAUUACGACUUAAGAAUUCUUAAGUUCUAUAAAAAUAAAAUGGAUUUAUCUCAAUUGGUGUCGAAAUGAAUUAUCACCUGCGCUAAAGAAUUAUGAAUAUGAUAAAAUAACAUCUUUGACACUUUUUUCCUUUUUUUUCUUUCUUUCUUUGACACUCUGUUAUUCAUCUUUUUAUUAGUUAAGGAACACACAAAUAUAACAUUUUUCAAAAUAAUUACGUUACAUAAGAUAUCCGAUUUUAGUUAAUAGAGUAUCUAAAUUAAAAAAAACUAAACCAAACCAUGGAGAGCCAAAACUGGAAUAAAAUUAACGUACUAAUCGAAUAGAUGAUAAUUUAAGAACCAAACAAACUUAAACUGAAUCAUACCGUACCAGGAACCGAACGAAUUUCCGAAAAAAUGUAUCAUUAGUCCAAGCAGGGAGAAAAAUAUCUUCUAACUUCGAAGUUCUAACAUAAAAUUAGUCUAAGUCAUUGUCACUGUCACAUUGCGAUCGUAUCACCAGUUCACCACCAUGGCCGCACAAUUAUCUCGAUGAUGGUACCCCUGAUAUGAGCAAUCUUUUGUUACAACAAUCAAAUAAAAAAAAUUAGUCAAUUUAUCAACAUAUGCAUUAUUUCCUGGUAGUAGUUAAUACUGAACAUAUUUCCAAUUUAUGUUCCUAUUGUUUUUAAAAAAAAAUUCUUACUAGUUUAAGUUUUUUUUUUUUUUUUUUUUGGGCAAACUAAGAUUUAUAUUUAUCAAUCAUUCAAUCUCCAUUAAUGGAGUACAUGUUCCAAGGAAAGGACAACAAAGCCAAACCGGCUAAAAAGACCGUUGCUACGAGAACAAGACGGACAACAUACAAGGAAAAGAUAGGAGCAAACACCACACUUAAUCCACUAAAGCCAAAGAAGGAUCUCUCAAUGCCAAUAGUGCUAAAAAAUGAAAUGAAGCCGUGGGAGUUAUAGAACACAAACUGUGAUCUUAUACCCGGGAUUUAGAUCGCAACAAGUGCAGAUUUUACAAUCAUAAAUCAGCUAGAUGCAAAGGUGAUAAGACACCGCAUAGAUGAGCCUGAAGAUAGAAUGAGCAUCGAAGUUAUGAUCUUCGACGCCAACGUCCUUGCACCAAUACCACUUGACCCAAGUAGAAAUUUUGGGAGGAUUACGUACUCCACAAAGGAGAAAUCAACCAAAUUCAUAGAAUUAAAAAAGGUGGUAGGUCGGAGCUCUUCUCCUCCUCGCCCGAAGAAUCAGUUUGCUUUCAAUGGACUAGUUUAAGUUACUUAAAAAUAUAUAUUUCUUAGGAAAUUGAUAGAAUUAAAAGAUGAUGACCACAUAUUUUUCUAUAGAGACUUUGACUUUAUAUGCCAUAAUAAUGCCAACUUUGACUUAUGGUACGACUCAAAGUAAACGAUUGACGACAAUGUAACGAUCACUCACGACGACGACUAGGACCUCAACUUUGGAAGGUGUUCUUGUGGCAAUACUUUAUAUGGGUGAUUUUACUGUUGGGGCAGAUACAUGGAUACAAAAGCUGUACUGAGAAAGAAAGGAUUGCUUUGCUCGAGAUCAAGAAAUAUCUGGCUUCACAUGUGGGAGGAGAUCAACUGCGAUCAUAGAAGCGGACGGGUGACCGAGAUCGCCUUUGGUACAUUGAAGCUCAAGCAGAGUUUUCUCUUAAAUCUUUCUUUACUGUAUCCCUUUGAAGAAAUACGAAGCUUGAACUUAUCCGGGUCCAGAUUCAGAGAUUUAUACCCGGACGAAGAAAGAGGAUUACGUCAAGAAGGACUUAACCAGUUCAAUGGCUUCUCUGAUGAUAUUGAAGGUUAUAAAAGUUUAAGGAGAUUAAGGAACCUCGAGAUUUUGGAUCUCUCUUCAAAUAAAUUUAACAACAGCAUCUUUCCUUUUCUUAGUGCUGCAACAUCACUUAUAACUCUGUCUCUUCGAAGCAACGACAUGGGUGGCCCUUGUCCUGUCAACGAACUCAAGAAUUUGACAAACUUGGAACUCUUGGAUCUAAGUGAUAACAGAUUUAACGGCUCCAUACCAGUACGAGAAUUAUCUUCCAUGAGAAAGCUAAAAGCUUUGGAUUUAAGUGAUAAUGAAUUUUCUAGCUCAAUGGAACUACAAGGAAUUUGCAAACUGAAGAAUAUGCAAGAGCUCGAUCUAAGUCGAAACAAACUUGAAGGUCAGUUCCCCUUAUGUUUAACUAGCCUUAUUGGACUUCGAGUUCUUGAUCUCUCAUCGAACCAAUUUAACGGGAAGCUACCAUCUUCUCUCGGUAACCUCGAAUCCCUUGAGUACUUAUCAUUGUUUGAUAACAACUUCGAAGGCGUCUUCUCACUUAGUUCCCUAAGAAACCUCUCAAAUCUUAGAGUGUUGAAAUUUGGCUCAAAGUCCAACUCAUUUCAAGUAGGGUUGGAAAUUUCUUGGAUGCCAAAAUUUCAAUUGAGUGUCAUUGUACUACGAUCCUGCAAGUUGGAGAAAGUUCCUCAUUUUCUCCUACACCAAAAGGUUUUACGCCUAGUUGAUCUCUCUGACAACAAAAUAUCAGGAGAUUUUCCUUCUUGGCUAUUGGAGAACAAUACGAAACUCGAUGUUUUGUUACUUCAGAAUAAUUCUCUUACGAGCUUUCAACUACCAAACUCUGCUCAUAACCUUGGUUUCCUAGAUGUGUCAGUUAAUAAGUUCCAUCAUUUGUUUCCUGAGAAUAUCGGGUUGAUACUUCCUGAGCUAGUGUUUUUCUAUCUAGCUCAUAACGGUUUUCAAGGAAAUCUGGCAUCAUCUUUGGGUAACAUGGAAAAUAUUUCCUAUCUAGAUGUGUCUCACAACAGUUUCCACGGGAAGCUACCACAUAAUUUUUUAGAGCAUUGUGAUUCCCUACAAGGCUUAAAGCUUUCACAUAACAAACUAAGUGGAGAAGUUUUUUCAGAACCUACAACAUUUCAAGGCCUAGAGACGUUGUCUAUGGAUAACAAUCAGUUUACAGGAAAGAUUGGGCAAGGUUUACAGAGCUUGACAUCUUUGGAAUAUCUUGACAUCUCGAAAAACAAUCUCUCCGGUGUUAUUCCAAGUUGGAUUGGCGAAUUUUCAUUCUUAUAUGCACUACUGCUUUCAGACAACUCUUUGGAAGGUGAAAUACCAUUUUCACUAUUCAACAGAUCCUAUUUUGGGCUAUUAGACCUCUCAUCAAACAGUUUAUCUGGGCACAUACCUCCUUUACACGUCAAUCCUGGAUUUGGAGUUGUUUUACUCCUUCAAGACAAUAACUUAUCAGGAGUUAUUCCAAACUCGGUGCUAGAGUAUGCCAAUAUACUUGAUCUAAGCAAUAAUAGAUUAUCUGGGAAUAUUUCGGAGUACACCAACGCCCCAAACAUCAGUAUUCUGAUUCUGCGGGGGAAUGAGUUAUCAGGUCGCAUCCCUCGCCAGUUGUGUGGCCUAAGAAACAUUCACCUUCUUGAUCUUGCUAACAACAGACUAAAUGGUACCAUACCUUCAUGUCUUAGCAAUACAUCAUUUGGUUUGGGCAAAGAGAGUUCAUUCUAUUUUUAUGAUUUUAGUUUAGGUGACAUGGUUGCGAGUUUCGAGCUUUCUUCUAAUCUAGAACAUGAUUCCACUUCCUCGGAAAAUGUUGGUAAUUUUCUUCUUGUGCUAGACCCGUUUAUUGCGAACACGAGGGAAACCACGAAGACGAGAAUUGAAUUUCUAACAAAACACCGAUAUGAUGGUUACACGAGUGGAAUUCUUGUAUAUUAUUUUGGACUCGAUCUUUCGGAAAAUGAGUUGAGCGGUGAGAUCCCACCAGAGCUUGGAGACUUUCUUCAACUACAAUCUCUCAAUCUUUCUCACAACAACUUAUCAGGAGUGAUACCAAAAAGCUUUUCAGGACUCAAGAAUGUGGAAAGCCUUGAUCUUUCCUACAACAUAUUACAAGGCCAUAUCCCAACGCAACUAACCGAUUUAAACAGCUUAGCUGUUUUCAAUCUUUCAUACAACAACUUUUCAGGAAUCAUUCCACAAGGAAAACAGUUUAACACCUUUGAUGCACAAAGCUACUUAGGUAAUCCUCUUCUUUGUGGGAAACAAACCAACACAAGCUGCAACGGUUCUCAAGAACCGGAUGAGGAAGUUGAAGACGAUGAAUCCACAAUCUACAUGAUAUAUUUCUACUUUAGCUUUGCGGCAGCUUAUGUGACAAUACUUAUUGGACUAUUCACAUCCCUCUCUUUUGAUUCCCCUUGGAGUAGAUCUUGGUUCUACAACGUUGAUGUUUUCAUCUACAAGGUGAGUAAUCUAUUGGGAUGAAUCUUUGUUGGUGACAGAUUCUAUGUAUUAUCCCCAUAUGUUUCUAUAAUUUAUUGCUUUGUGUAAUAGAACCAAAACAUAUCAUCUGUUUGGUUCUUAUGUAUUGUCUUUUAUCUUUGUAUCCGAACAAAUGUAAUGUCUCAAACAUAUCGUUGUAAAAUCUUCAAUUUUUCAUUCUUAUACCAUCUUUGUGUAUG